AUGUCGUCCCAAGACGAGCCGCCGAACUCAACCCUCGUCGCAAACGGGAUCACGUACAACGCCACAGCCUUGAAAUUCUGGAACUACACACUAUACUCCAACGGCACACUAUCCAACGGCAGCGAAUGCUAUCUCGUCUUCGACGCAUACCGACCGAUCCUGACAUCCGCAACAAACGGCACCUUCGCCAACACAACCUCAUGCUACACACCUGUCAACGCCAUCGGCGCGCGGGGCAUCACGGGUCUCGUCUUCGGCUCGCUGUUCGCGCUCUCGAUCGUCUUCUCGACCAUCAAUCUGCGCAAGCACGGUCGAGCGUACCUGCCGCGUGAGAGGCGCUGGAAGCCUGUCGGUCGCCGCUGGCCGUGGUACUGGACGAUUUUCGUCGCCGCCUGUGCCUUGUUGAGCUGUUUUACCGCCGUGGAUGUCGAUAGGGAUUACAUUGUUAAUCUACCGUUGAUUCUACAGAGUUUCUUCCUGACGCUGGCUGUGCCGACGGUAUUGGCUUGCGUGUGGGAGGCUGUUAGGAGCUGGACAUCAUUUAAGCAUCGUCAGAUUCAUGAUGCUGACCCCUUUGCGUUCCGGCCUACCGGAACACACGCAAGGCUUGAAUUCUACCUCCCGCUUGUCUUCUACGCCUUUGACUGGAUGGUCUUUUUCCUGGUCAUCCCUCGUGGAUGGACUUUUGUGCAGAAGCAAAGGUCCAUAGAGCAGACAUCUUCGUCAGCCAUUCCGGCAGCUCUGGACGGCCGGUUCAAAGCCGGGUCGAUUUUGGCGGUCAUGUGUCUGGGUUUCACUGUGUUUCGUUUGGCAUAUAGUAGCCGUGUCUAUAAUGUUCGUAUUCCGGGAGUGUUGUUGCAAGUUGUCCUUCUGGUGGCCAUCAGACUGGCAUAUAUGUUUGCAGGAUCAUGGGUUUGGCAGAUCUCGCCGUACAGAUUAGAUGUCAACAUCGGAUGGUUGUAUGGACUCGGCUAUUCGCCGAUCCUCCUCAUCCUAUGCCUGCUGAAUCUGCGGGGUUAUAUGAAUGAAAAUGAGGAGAAGGUCUUGAUUGCUCAACGAGCUUCGAGAGGCGAUGAAGGUGGCAUUCCCCUGGAGUCGAGAUCGCAUGAUUACGCUCGAAGAGGUGCGGGUGGAGCGUCUCCUAGCUCUUGGUGGUCGAGAUCCGGUGGCACAAUACCACAUCGGGGCCAAUCUUCCAAAAAAUCCAUAUCGCCAGCGGUCAAGGACUUCAGCACAGGAAACAUCCCAAACGACCUGCGUGUCGGAGAGGAUGAGAGUGGGGGCUCCUGGUGGCGGAAGCGCCAGCAGGAAGAAGUCGAUCCAAGACGACGUGUAUCUCAGGCUGAAGGGCGACCAAAUCGGUCACGCUAUGAUGGUGGAAGCAGCGAGACCAGUUCCAGAACACAGCGCAGAUGGCUCGGGGAGUCCGCCUCCAGUAUCGGCACAGUAAGUCAAAGUAGACUGGACAACAGUGGUCGGAGCCACGCCUCAUCGAUGCAUUCAUUGCAGUCUCGACCUCAGGCCGUGAGAAGUAUGUUGGAUGUGUAG